AUGGUUGGUAACCUUUAUGAAGUUGGCCCUUGGAUCGUGGAUUUUGAACACCCAAGCGAUGAAGACUUUAUGCAAUUUAACCCAAGUUUAAAACCAAAUCCCGGUGCUUGGAAUCGUAAGUUUGGCUUACUUUUCCUUGAUAAUCCAAUUGGGUCUGGUUAUAGUAUCGCUGCAACACCUGAAGAAAUACCAAGGGAUAUAGAUACUGUUGUCAACCAUCUUUUUGUUGCACUCAAUGCAUUUAUGUCCUUAAACCAAUUAUUUAAGUCUCGCCCAAUUUAUAUCACUGGUGAGAGCUAUGCUGGAAAGUAUAUUCCCGCAAUCGGGUGCUAUAUUCUACAACAAAAUUCCCUUGUAUCUACUUCCCACAAAUUGAAUUUAAAGGGAAUUGCAAUUGGUAAUGGGUGGAUUGACCCUAUUAACCAAUUGACUUCAAUUCCCAAUAAUGUAUAUUUCUCAAGUUUAAUUAAUGAAAAACAAAAGAUCGAGCUUGAGGCACUUCAAGUUGAGGCAAUAACACUAGCCGGAGAGGGAAAAUGGAGACAAGCAACUCAGGCAAUUAAGGAUUUCAUGCACAAGUUGCAACAAAUGACAGGUUUAGCUACUCUUUUUGAUCUUAGGAGGAAGGAUCGCUAUUUAAAUGAAUGGGUUGGUGAAUUUCUUGCCGAAGAGGAUGUAAUGAUGGCUUUCGGUGCAAAGAGUUUGAUUCAAAAAACAUGCAGCAGGGACGUAAGUGAAGCUCUAAUAGAAGAUUAUAUGCAGUGUGCAAGAUACAUGAUAGAGGAAUUGUUAAAUAAGACUAAGGUCUUGCUAUACCAAGGAGAAUUUGAUUUAAAAGCUGGGGUGGUUGCCAACAAAGCAUGGAUAAAUCAAAUGAGUUGGGAUGGUGUAGAAAAAUUCCUAAUGGCUAGGAGAAAGAUUUGGAAUGUAAAUGGAUCACUUGCAGGUUAUGUGCAGCAAUGGGCGAGCUUGACUCAUGUUGUUGUUUUAGAUUCUGGGCACAUGGUACCUACUGAUCAACCUGUGAGUGCUCAAGAAAUGAUUGAAGAUUGGAUCCUAGAGCGUGGUAUUUUUGUAGAUUAG